AUGCAAGGGCCUGUUAUUCGGGACAACUGCCGCCGGAUUGCCUAUGUUCUUAACGGGAGUAUCAAGUAUGCGUUCCUUGGCGGUGCUGCUGUUGUGCUUUUGGGCUCGAGACGAGUCACCUCCGAUCUCGACAUAAUUGUCCCUAACGGGACCAAAGCUCGGGUCAUCGAAAGAUUGCAGCGCCAGAUGCAAGGCUUUGGCAGACAGGAGGCCAGUACGAGAAGUUGGGUGCUCACUCCUGACAAUGAGGCUCACAAUCUGGACAUCCUUGAAGCACAGGAGAUCUACGCGGAGUUCGCCGAUAAUACGUCUUGCGAAGCUGUGGAUGGGAUUCGUGUUAUGAGACCGGCUGCUAUUCUUCGAACGAAGAUCAUCUCCUGGCAAUCGAAAGAACGCAAGCAGGAGAAGACGCUUACGGACGCCGAAGACAUCGCUUUCCUUGUCGGCUAUAUGGCAGCCCACCGGACCAAGACUAAUCGUCGAGAGCUUGACGUGGCGGAUGAAGACUUCUUCGAUGAAUGGCUGAUGCGUUAUCCCGGUACGAGGGAAUCCUGGAGGGCUAUUGGCAUGCUCGGGAGUAGACGGGCAUCGUGA